AACAAACUGACCUGUCUCCUAGCAACGGAAGCUUGUAUCGAGUUGAGCCCCUCAUAAGUUAUUUAUAGGGACGACCACAACAAUAUGUCUCCUUUUGUGUACAGAUAAUCUAUUUCAUCGGCCACUUUGUGAGAUUUUCUCGUUGUGUGUCCAGGGAAGAGUUUAAGAAUGACGGCGGCGCAAACUGCAGAGGGGUUCGGGCAGGGGACCUUCUCUUCCACGGUCCUGACGAACCGAGGCGACAACAUGACGGUGUUGUCAGACCUUUCCUACUAUGGCAGGUCGGCCAAUGAGAGACCCCCAAUCUCACCGUCCAAGGGGUACCGCCCCAUGCACAGAUCAACACUCACGCUGGAGAAAAACCCAUACAAGUCCGACCACAAGACUACAGUCAAACAUUUCUACAGUGGUGACAGGGCCUUACCCCCAGUCAGCCGCCCAGCCAAGAUGCCGUCCAUGCACACCUCACAGAUAGACCUGAAGGUUACCAAGGAUACGUACCACCACACCCAUCACAGGAAUGCCUUCCUCAUCCCUCCUACUGUUCCGGCAACGGUGGAACAUGAGCCUUCCAACAUCAACAGACACAACCAGCGUGGAGGGUUCGACAUGAGGCGGGUUCUAGUCAACCCGAGCCAGUCGCUGGACUACUGGACGACGUACGCACGUAUCCACGACAAGGUGGGGCACCAGCGGGGGCCUGGAGCGCCCAGGGUUCCAACCACACCCGCGCAACAUAACAUUAUAUCAGGAGCAUUCCUCGGCCACGGUAGAAGAGAGAGUUUUGAACGCACAUCAGGUAACAGGGUGCUAAACAACAUCAGGGCCAACAACAGCAGCGUACUCCUAGGAUAACCUUUGCUUGUUGUUGCCACAAGUGAACCCACAAGUCCUCCAGGCUCACAAGUAUUGAACUUUUCAAAGACACUGCUCUGAGUGUGGGACUUGAGUAUGAAUCAGUGUUAUUAGUAUUCCUGUCAGCGUUCACUUCUGUGAAGAUUUGAGAUCAACAUAUCAUAUAUUAUGGGCUAGACUGUACAAGCUCAUUUUAGAGACACAGCCAUGAUAUUGUACAGUUGUAUACAAACAUCCGUCUUCAUCCAAUACAGAUUUAUAAUUAUACAUGCUGGGACAGAGGAGUGAAAUUAAGGUAGUCCUAACUUCUCAGAUUUGAAAAAAAAAAUGCCACACUGGAAAAUCGAUCUUGGUACACACAGUUCAAGGGAGAAAAAAUACAAUUUUUUUCUUGUUUAAGUUUUCAUCUUCACCCUCUUGCUCAAGUUUUCGCUAUGAAGUAAGUGAGAGCCAAGCUGGUGUGGCUUAAGGAAAUAUACCAUAUAUUUUUUAUAUAUCAUAUCAUUGCUGUUACUACUACCAAGUUUAAAAUGCUGCACUAUUGCAGAAAGAUUUGAUAUUAUAUGCUGCAUUUUUCCUUACAAAUAUGAUAAACGUGUACAUCAAGGUUGUACAAUGGUCUUGAUGUUCAACAAAUAAAGGAAUGUAGAACGCAAAUUAGGGCAAACCAGAGUGGCCUCUUGUUUCUGUUGACAGAAACAAUAUUGUUUUAUGAAAUAGCUUGUUACUAAAAGAGAUGAUUGAAAUAAACAGAAUUCGACAAAACUGUUGACAGUGCAUUUAGCUUUAUUCAUAGCACAUACAGCAUAUAACAUAGACAACAGAGAGUACAUCUACAUACAGUGUACAUGUACAUCCAAUUUUACAACUUAAACUUACUGUUACAACUGAGGUCCCAAGGAAGAACACACACAGUAGUAUUCCCCAUAAGCCAGAUUUGUAAUUGUUGAAGUUAGCUCGCUAAUAAUAAGCUUGUUGAUGGUUCGACUGUCGCUUGCUAAUGGCAAAUACUCCGGCUGUGAACAAUGUACACGGAAUCAAACUAGGACACACUUCACAUCUAUGCCAACAUGUUUAACGUAUGUUGAAAGCCUUUCAUACCCCUCUUGCUACAAGCUAAGGGUUUGAAGGUAAGGCAUUUAUAAUUAAGCUUUACAAACACUUUAAGAGUCAAAGCUUGCAGACAAGACAAGGCAAGUUAUAAUCAGUGCCAACCUCACGUCAUGCCAAGUGCUUUCCUCUCAGCAUCAUUUACAAGCUUUCAUCUGGCAUAGAAUACA